AUGGAGCAUACGCAAAGUAACGAACAUGAGACGUCAACUGAGUACAUGGUAAGGAUGAACACAGGCUAUCCCCCUGCUUUGAUAUGUUCGAAUCCAAACAGAGGGCUGAGAGUUCCUGUGCAGUAUUAUGAGCUGUUUCAAAACCCUCUUGGUAAUCCCGCAGAGUCCGACAACACCAACACCCCUGGUCCACUGAAGAAUUCCGUCGUCCCCGAAGUGUUCACUCGUAAACGUGCUGAGGAAAUCCUUUCAGACGCUCCUUACCCGAACCGCAACAACAAGAAGGGCCGUCGACCGCAUGCGCACUAUGACAUUGAAAAACUUUUCACGAAGGAGCGAACCAAGCUAAGACCUUUGGAGACUGUCGACAGAUCCCCCAGCAAGGACCCACCGGUCCUAUGGUCUUAUCCGGCUGAGAGGUUCGACUAUAGCUUGCAAAACCGUCUGGGAGAGGUCAAGAAUAAAUUUUUAACACGGCAUCGAAUCAUCACCGACCGAGAGAAAAACAUUAAAGGUAUGGUGUCACACCCACCAAAUAGUGGUAAGUUCUUCCGCGCUACAGAACGAGUAAAAGGUCAAGGCAAACGGGAGGAUGCAGAGUAA